CGAAAAGAACCACUCACUCAACUAAAUCCCCCCCUCUCACUCACUAUCUUUUUCGCACUUACACACUUACACAUCUUCUUCUUGAAUUCAUGUAUUCACGACAUUACAAAUAGGAUAUUCUUCCAACGAAAUCUACCAUACAUCUCCUUACUCUACUCGAACACAAUACAAUCAGGCGUAAACAUUCCAAAGCGCAAACUCGGUUGAAUCGUCUUUGUCCUUUCGAGAUCAUCUUCUAAAAAGCCCUGUCUCUUCGUACCCUUCGCCUCCACUCUGGACUUGAAAAACCCUUUCACUUAGGAACACGGUUUUAAUUGCAGAACAUCAACUUGAAUACACGAAAGUCGCAGAUAUCAUAUCCUAAUAAGAUAUCCUUUUCAAGUGGCCUUGCAAUCGUCGAUCCACCCGUCCUUCUCGUUUUGCGAUUCCUAUUGAUCGACUUCUCCCAUCAUUGGCUUACGUGGAAGGUGGCCAGGACAACUCUCAUGUUUAUAUCAAUAGCUGAUGAAAGAUAUCAUCGGAAUUGAGUGUCAUUCUCGCUCUGCAAUAACGAAUUGCUUCGAGUCGUGGCCGUCUUCGUCAUGCGACUCAGGUCUUGGUAUCAGUGAACUCACCUCUGUCGUCUCAUUCAAACAGCCACCCGAAGGCUCCUUCUAGAUUAUGACAGAAAGGUCUCUAUCAAUCUCGACGCAAAGUGCGACCUCAAUUAAACCUAUCUUCACCACCACUACUUCUACAGCGAUACCUAUCAACGAUGUGCAAUUCGUUACCGAGCCGGUGGACGACGAGCCAUACACCAUCAGAUGCAUUUGCAACAUUUGUGAGGACGAUGGAAACACAAUAUACUGUGAUAAAUGUGAGACGUGGCAGCACAUUGAAUGCUAUUAUGCUGGUAGUGUAGAAGAUGCCUCUAGGGAAGACUUCGAUCAUCUUUGCGUCGACUGCUUCCCACGAGAUCUCGGUCGGCAUGCGAUUGAAAAGCAACAGUAUCGUCACAACAAAGUCAAUUAUGAUAACAAUGACAAAAAAAACAAAAGACCGGCAACAAAAAGUCAUAAAAAGAAAACGAAGCCUUCUGAAAUUCAAACGAAUGGAUUCAAUGACCAAGAGACACACAAGAAUGUCGGCUCUCUUGAUAAUCACACACACAAAAGGGCAAAAGGUCAUCGGUCGCAUCACUCCGUCAGCUCCCAAGCUACCAAACGCAGCCCUCCUUAUGCAGCGAGGAGUAACAACCACCCUCCAAGUCCCAUUCAUAUAUCGUCGAAUCUGCCAAACGAUUUUCAUAUUCAUGGCUACUCCAAGGUUUUUCAAACGCUCUACGACGAUCAGUUGCAAGAAACCAAUGACAAUACGUUGGCUAAUUUAUCUGUCACGAACAAAUUAGCGAUGUGGAAAAUGGAUGCCAAACAGUUUGAAGAAGAUGUUGGCAAGAAAUUCGAUGAUGUUGUCCAAAAAACCAAGGUGCGACUUGAUCCACAACAAUUUCCCAAGUUGCACGUUGAUGUUAAGACUGCUCUCAUCAAUAAUAAUGCCAAGGCCCAAUGGAAAUCUCUGUACACGACAACGAAAACUCCUGGCAAUCAACCAAUUGGAGAGAUAAACGGCCAGAUCGGUCUACAGUCCGACUACCACAAGAAUCCGGACAAUGGAUGGGAAGAAUGCCCCCAUCCGCGCCCUCUCACCUUCUUCAUUCCCGGAUUGCCACUGUAUAUUGACACAAGAGGUGGGGGAUCACAGUGUCGGUAUAUUCGACGAAGUUGUAGGGCGAAUGCAAAUUUGGAGACAUAUAUCGUUGCAAAUACAAGCGAGUACCACUUCUAUCUAACCCUCGACAGCGCCCUCUCCCCGGACGAGCAGAUUACUCUACCUUGGGAUUUCAAAUUCGUAGACAAGCCAAGAUUGGAUCGUGCCCUUCAUCUUGAUGGCGACGACGAUGACAGACUACCUGAUAUCUCUGAAACCGAAUACCAAAGCAUGGCACAUUCAAUCAAUUUGGUAUUAUCGGAUCACGGAGGUUGUGCUUGCAAUGCCGGUAAAGAUUGCGCGUUCGUGAGGUUCCACCGCGAUUACUACGGCAGGGUGCAUGGUCAACCUCAACCGCAAUCCAACGGUGUAAACGGUGUGAAAUCAAAGAAAGGUCGCAAGCCCAAGCAGCACGUCUCUCCCACAAGUACGGGUCACGCCACCAAUAGUCGAGCAGCCAGUGAAGGUCAUCCAGAGGCAAACGACGACGAUGACACCCGCUCUACCUCCGGCUCCGGACGAAGCAAACCUCACAGUCGUGACCUGACACCAAUACAUGGCUUGGGUGAAUUCGAUACCCCGUCAGCGGAGCCGUCAGAUCGCGAGAAGAGAAAGCUGGUAGCCGUGGAAAACACAUUUAGAAAAAUGGAACAGGCGCCCCCAAGAAAAAAGAAGAGAGCAUCGGAUGGUUCAAGCAUGAAUUCACCAGUCACUACUACGUCGCAGACCAACUCCAAACCUCGACAGAAGUCAGUGGUAUCACGAACAUCCGUUUCACAAUCAGCUCUCACGAAUUUUAACGGAUCCCGAUCUCGCCAAUACGUCGAUGCCAGCACAUCGCGGCGACCGUCGGCAUCACCUCCUAGCGCGGCGUCGCCACAAGCCAUGGCCUCUCCGAAACCAAUACCAUCUCGCGAUGAUUCAGCGACCCCUCGAUCACGUCAUAAUUCGAUAGUGCAAAAGAUCGUUUUCGUCUAUACAGAUUCAUCAGCACAAACGGAUCGUGACGAAGGUGCAUGGUACGAACGAAAAACAAAGCCGACACCGAAGAAACCUGUCUUAUCUCUUGCGAGGCGCAUGCUUCUGAAACGCCAUAAAAUUAACGAACAGGCCCAAGCUUUAGCGGCGGAGCAAAACAAAAGCAUGGCUGCAGGAUUGAUUAAUGGAGAUCUUCAGAAUAUCUCUUCACCUGCGUCGGCAAUGGAUGUUGACGGACCCGUUCAUGAAGAUCGGUCAAUCACUCAAUCACCUACUGACACCAGGGCUCGAAAUGGCAGUAUUGUUUCAUCGACUCCAUCGGUGGAUGUAAUCUCAAAUCCAGGCGAUUAUCAUACAGAUAGAUCAACACUUAUCACUGGACAGACAAUGAAACCUCCACCUUGGCCUGGACAGUCCACUAAUGGCUAUUCACAUAAAUCACCUGAACUGCGGGUACAAAUGCCUCCAACACCAACUUUCAUAACACCUAAUCUUUCUGGGACUCCAGGCGCUCUCACGCCCGCUUCAGCAGCAACCUCAUCAGCGAUAUCGCCCUAUGGCACAACUCAUUUCUCACCAUAUCCCACUACAUUUGCAAAUGGCGUCCAUCCAAGUCCUGCCAAGAAAAAAAUGUCGCUUAACGAUUACAAGGCUCGGAAGAAACAGAACGUUGAUGGUUCGGGUGGGCGUAAAUUUUCCACUGGAAGCAGUCCAACAAUGCCACCAGCAGUUCUCAAGUCAACACUUUCGACCAUCGAGGAAGCUAAAGCACGAGAGAUUCUUGAUAGAACAUCUGAGAUCACUGAAGGGAGGGAGACAGUGGAUCCUUCUUCCGUUGACUUGCUCAAAGUUUCAUUUCCCAAAAAUAAUAUGCCCUCUCAACACUCGAAUGGUGCAUUGUAACAUACAGUUUAGACCUCGCUUCAUGCGUGUUUUAUUGCCUCGUCUGUCUUUCUACUUCGGCGUGGGGUUUCCAGCUGUUGAGCGUUGGGACGGGUGGCCGGUAUCAUUUGGGUUCAAAAUGGGUUUGGGAUACGAUCUUUACUCCAAGGUCGAGGGCGUGGCGUAAACAUAGGGGCGGAGUCCAGAAGUUUCAAUCACUUCGUUUUUUUUCUUUUUUUCUCGGUUCUUCUAAUGCUGAUCAUCACGGAUCAUUCAUCAAUGUCAUUCGAUUGGCAUACGU